GCUCCUCAUUAUCCGAGUAUUAGUCGUUGACCUCAUCGGCAGCGUCUGUCACAGAUUGUGUCUUGUCUUUCCCUUAAUACUUAUCACCAUGUCCAGAGCCCGCGCCAUCGUCAAAUCACUCGACCAUUUGGUCCUCACUUGCAAAAAUGUGACCAGCACGGCCAACUGGUACUCAAAGUACUUGGGUAUGAAGCCAGAAAUAUUCACCUCGCCCACUGAGCCAUCCGUUCAGCGUCAUGCGCUUAAAUUUGGCCCACAUAAGAUCAAUUUACAUCAACAAGGCAAGGAGUUCGAGCCAAAAGCUACUCUUGCAUCUCCCGGCACUGCAGACUUUUGCUUUGUGGUCGAAGAAGGGACAAACCUUGAAGAGGUGAUAAAAGGCUUCACGCAGGACGGAAUUGAGGUUCUUGAAGACGGGAUGGUCGUGAAGCGUACUGGUGCGCAAGGUCCGAUCCGCAGUGUCUAUGUCAGAGACCCUGAUGGAAACUUGGUUGAGCUUUCACACUAUUGAACCAGGCGACGAUGAUGUACGAGAUAG